GCAUGUGCUUGACUGCACUAUGGCGUAUGUGCAUCUUCUUCGUAUGCACUUCGGCCUACAUGUUUGAUGUCCCUAUCCUUCAUAAGGAGCCACCCUUCAGCAAUACCACUGCAUUCUACAAUGAAUCUACUGGGUUCGUCUACGAUCCCAAUUCACCUCUCGUCAUGUGUUCCUAUCUUCCAAGGCACUCAAUUUGGUGCGAACCGCCAGAAGAUCUGCACGGUAACAAAAGCCUCUUCCUCGAGACCAACCAAGGCUGCUAUCAGUGGGGUGGGAUGAAGGCUGAAGAGGUUCAACUCACUUCAAUCACUUGCCACGCCCUGCCCGAUAUCGAGUGCUAUGGAAACCGGACAUUCAUACUACACGACUACCCUUGUCUUCGUUAUCACGGACACUACUUCCUCACGACCCUGCUUUACAGCAUAUUUUUGGGGUUUCUGGGUGUUGAUCGGUUUUGCCUAGGACACCUUGGCACCGGCGUGGGUAAAUUGUUGACUGUUGGUGGGUGUGGGGUUUGGUGGCUGGUAGACAUCUUCCUCCUCAUUCACGGUGAUCUUCGUCCAGCGGAUGACAGCUCGUGGAUGCCCUUUCUUUGA